AUGAACAGAUGCCAGCCUGAUGCUCCCCGCGACGCCGUUGCCUCCCUCGCCGCCUCUCCCUCCCUUCUCGCCCUUCCCGACGAGCUUCUGCUCCUCAUCGCCGAGCAGCUUUCGAGGGGAGACGCAAACUCCAUGGCCCUAACGUGUCGACACCUUUCUAGGAAGCUCCAUCCCAAAAUGUGGAAGGACGACAUCGCCGAGGGGACAUACGCCAGUGCGUCGUGGGCCGUCUGCGAGCUCCAAGACGCCACCCUCGUGGAGCUCGCCGUGGUCCGGUACGGCGCCGACCCCAACCGCCUGGUCUACCCCGCCGCUGGCAAGGGCAUCGAAGGCUUCGACGCCUGGAGCCUCGUCGGCAUGGCGGCCUGGCACGGCCUCGCCGACCGCGUCACGCAACUGCUCGCCCUCGGCGGCGACCCCAACGCCCCCGCCGCGAGGUUGCGCCAGCUGCCCAUCGUGCACACCCCGCUACGGCUCGCCCUGGACGGUGCCCUCAGCACAGACCGCCGGGGAACCUGCCCAGCCGCGACGAUGCUCUGCCUCCUCGACCACGGCGCCCAAGCGGCGAGCACCACCGCACCACCGCAGCAGCCUCGAGCCGCUGCCGCCUUGCUGCUGGAGCGCACCGCGGACCGGUACGGCUGCCCCUCGCACGCGUCCCUCGCCUGCGCGCAGCCCGUCAUCGACCGCCUCGCGCGCCAGGUGCUGCUGCUCCCGUCCGACGACACCGCCGCCUCCGCCGCCGUCGUGGCCCGCGCCGUCCGCGCCGCCAUGAACUUCGCCCUGUGGCGCCUGCCCAACCCGAUGCCCACCAUGGCCCUGCUCGCGCGCGCCGUGCCCCCGCGCAAGGGGCCCUGCUACCACCCGCUCGUGCGCUGCGUCGCAGCCCUCGCCGCCGGCCGGUACUACCACCACCCCCGGCGCGCGCGCUCCUCCUCGUCCUCGGGAGAGCAGGAGGGAGAGGGAGAGGGAGAGGGAGAGGGAGCAGCAGGCGACGACGACGACGACGCUGCCGUCGUGCCGCCCGCCGUCGACUGCGCGGCGCGCUUCCUUGCCCGCGGAGAAGACGCCGACCCGGCCCUGCGCUCGGCCCUCGCCCGCGCCGGCCGGAUGAUCGCCUCCUCCUCGUCGUCGUUGUCGUCUUCUUGUUCUUCUUCUUCUUCUUCCUAUUGGGACGACGGGGAGCAGGCGCGGACGACGCCGCGGGUGUGGGACGCGCGGCGCAGGCUGCUGGAGCGGAUCUUGGUGUGUGCGGGGCUGCUGCGGCGGCCGGCUGGGGUGCCUGGCGGGGGUGGAGAGGGCGGGGAGGCCGGCGAGGAUGCGAAGUCGGCUGACUCUCUGGCGCUGCGCGGGGCCGGUUUGGCGAAGGAGGCGCUUGAUGACGGCUCCAAUGACCCGACUGAUGAUCCGGCGACGACGACGGAGCAACAUCGGGCGGCGGCGGCGACGGCGGCGGCGCCGGUGGCCGUGGCGGAGAUGCCGGGAGGAACGCUUCUGCAGGGCGAAGAUGGGGAGUCAGGACGGGCAGACCGGCCGCCGAGGGGUGUCGGUCCGAUGGCUGAUCCGUGUCUAGCGGACCUGAAGGAGGAUAUUUACUGGGAGGAUUAG